UAGUCGCCCAGUGUCAGGCAGGUUGGUGAAUAAAUUAUUCCACUCGCUGAUAGAGUCGGCAUGGCGGCGCAUCCGGGCUCCGAGCUGUAGCCCAAGAUGACUGGGGCGGAGAUCUCUGACUGGUGCCCGCAAGGUGAUGGAGGAGUGACCUAUAUAACAUGGACCAUGAAGGUAUGCAGUGUGAAUGCAACUUCAAGCUCAUGCAUCGCAGCCAUGGCUAAAAUCCACAAACCAGCUAUAGGUGCGUUGGUUUAAUGACACCUUCACCAUCAACUUCAAGGCCACAAACUGCAUGGACAUUGUGAGUGCCACUAAAGAUGUCUGAUAGUGUCGAUAUUGAAGAGAAACCACCAGCCCCCCCCUUGAGAAUGAACAGUAGUUCCCGAGACUCUUCAUCAGUGAAUCACGCCUCUAAACCACUUCCAAUGGCUCCUGAAGAGAAAAACAAGAAGGUCCGCCUGCGCUCCAUCUUCCCCGGGGGAGACAAGACAAACAAGAAGAAGGAGAAGGAACGUCCUGAGAUAUCCCUACCCUCAGACUUUGAACAUACCAUUCAUGUUGGCUUUGAUGCUGUAACAGGAGAAUUCACGGGUAUCCCAGAGCAGUGGGCGCGACUCCUACAGACCUCGAACAUCACCAAGCUGGAGCAGAAGAAGAACCCACAGGCCGUGUUGGACGUCUUAAAGUUCUACGACUCCAAAGAGACCGUCAACAACCAGAAAUACAUGAGCUUCACCUCUGGAGACAAGUCGGCACAUGGCUACAUAGCAGCAAACACUUUGAACCGACUGCUGUCAUCUGGGCCUCCUGUCAGCCUUAGAACCUGCAGCGCAUUAUUUGACAAGGGUGCCAAAACAUCAUCGUCAGAGCCCCCGAUUGCUCCACCUGUGUCAGAGGAGGAGGAUGAGGAGGAAGAGGAGGAGGAGGAGGAGGAGGAAGAGGAGGAUGAUGACGACGAAUUGCCCCCGGUCAUCGCGCCUCGGCCCGAGCACACCAAAUCUAUCUACACGCGCUCUGUCAUGGACCCACCAAAGCCCCCCACCCCUGUGAAAGAAGUUUUGACUCCACCGGAGUCGCAGGUGCAGCCAGAGAACACAUCCAACACAAUGUAUCGCCACACUGACCGCCAGAGGAAGAAGUCCAAAAUGACGGAUGAGGAGAUUCUGGAGAGACUCAGGAGUAUUGUGAGCGUGGGGGAUCCCAAAAAGAAGUACACGCGCUUCGAGAAAAUAGGACAAGGAGCAUCCGGCACUGUGUACACUGCCAUCGAUAUCGCAACUGGCCAAGAGGUGGCCAUUAAGCAGAUGAACCUGCAGCAGCAGCCCAAGAAAGAGCUGAUCAUCAAUGAGAUCUUGGUGAUGAGGGAAAACAAGAACUCCAAUAUAGUGAACUACUUGGACAGUUACUUGGUGGGAGAUGAGCUAUGGGUGGUGAUGGAGUACUUGGCCGGUGGCUCGCUGACAGAUGUAGUGACUGAGACCUGCAUGGACGAGGGCCAGAUCGCUGCGGUCUGCAGAGAGUGUCUUCAAGCUCUAGACUUCCUACACUCCAACCAGGUGAUCCACAGAGAUAUAAAAAGUGACAACAUCCUCUUGGGUAUGGACGGAUCCGUCAAGCUUACCGACUUUGGCUUCUGUGCCCAGAUCACUCCAGAGCAGAACAAGCGCAGCACGAUGGUCGGAACGCCCUACUGGAUGGCACCGGAGGUGGUCACUCGAAAGGCUUAUGGCCCAAAAGUGGAUAUCUGGUCCCUGGGAAUCAUGGCGAUAGAGAUGGUGGAGGGAGAACCGCCCUACCUGAACGAGAAUCCACUCAGGGCGCUGUACCUGAUAGCUACCAACGGGACUCCAGAGCUGCAGAACCCAGAGAGACUGUCAUCCGUGUUCAGAGACUUCCUCAACCGUUGUCUGGAGAUGGAUGUGGACCGCAGGGGCUCUGCCAAGGAGCUGCUACAGCAUUCCUUCCUCAAGCUGGCGAAGCCUCUAUCCAGCCUGACGCCUCUGAUUGUAGCCGCGAAGGAAGCCAUAAAGAACAGCAGUCGCUAGGGAGUGCCCUCUGUCCGCACCCGAGGCUGGAGCCCUGCCUGUGUUGUGUGCGUUCGUGGGGGCAGAGACUUGGGUGUAUGGUUGGUGGGUGGCGUGACAGUGACAGCACAAGGAGGGGGCUUUGUGUGACGUACAGUGACAGCACAAGGACAAAAGACCCCCAGGCCUCAAAUGUAGGACGGACAUCUGGCCUUGCAGCCUCUCGGCCCAUGCUGCUGAAAAGACCUUGCCUCUUCGUUUACUUCUCCAGCACUCUGUACAUGUAGAGCAGUCCAUCACAAGUGUGUGUGUGUGUGUGUGUGUGUGUGUGUGUGUGUGUGUGUUUGUGUGUGUGUGUGUGUGUGUGUGUGUGUGCGCGCGUGUGUCUGGGCGUGUGUAUGUGCGUGUGUGCAAAGUGUGCACAUCUCUUUGUGUCAUAUGUCUAUCUUUGGGAGGCAGUCGCUCCCCAAACACCCUCCCAAAAAAUAGGGUGAAAAAAUAGAAAAACGUGCGCUCAGUUUCGAGAAGAAACUUCAGGAGUGAGGAGGAGGAACUAACAAAACUGAGGAGCCCCCGAUCCCUUCCCUGGCCAGCUCCUGGCUUGGCUUUCUUUCCUCUAGUCCCUCCACAGUGCACGAUCAGGCCACACCUGCACCUGCAGUGACCAGCUGUUGUGAGAGAGUGACCCUGGACCCAACCUUUGCCUGCAUGACCAUGGCUCUGUGCAGAAACAUUGCUGCUCCUCUGCAGAUCGUCACGUCUCAAAGUGGUGGAUUUGUGUGUGUGUGCGUGUGUGUGUGUGUGUGUGUAUGUGUGUGUGUGUGUGUGUGUGUGUGUGUGUGUAGGGGUGCAGCUACAGGGGAAAAAAAAGUCAGGAAUAAUUUCACAUGACCUACGUCAGCUUUAAACAUCCUUCAGUAAUCUGCUUCAUGUCAGUGAAGAGAUACGGGUCUCUAUUUCAUAUGAGCCAACGUAGUUCAGACAGUCUCUGUCAUAGAAAUCACUGGAGUUCAUGAAGGUUACCUGCAGUUCAUUUACUGAUUUCCGCUCUUUCCAAAACUGGCUACAUGCUAUCAGGUUUAAUGCUCUGACUGUUUCAAAUACUGAAAAAACUGAGUUUCCCUACAUAAAAUGUUGAAUUCAACCAAAACUGUAGAACAGCAUCCAUCUAUAAUGUGACACAGCCGCAGAUCACACCUGCAAAUAGAAAAUAAUAAGUAUAUACUGUACAUAAUUUUUCAUCAUUUUCAGGAGGAAAGUGUUACAUAUUCAAUUGUCAUUUUAGUGAUGUAGUGACACUGACAUGCAGAUGACCUGUCACAUAUUUAAAUCAACGUUUGACACUGUAAAUUCUGCAUAGUCUAUGUGGCAGAAAUUUUUAGAAUAACUAUAAUAGUGCACAUUAACACUCAGUUUCAUUACCAAUGCAAGCAUUUUAUCUGCUAAUUAGACAGAUCCUUUAAAAGCACAUGUCCACGUACACUAUGGCAUUCAUUGUGUACAAGCAUCUCAAAUAGGAUUAUCCAUGCUAGUAUUUGUGGGUUUCUGUUUUCAUGUUGUACCAUGUUGUAAAUAAAUCAGAGCUAAACAGACAGUUCAACAUCUAUCUUAAUUAAUGUUCAGGCCUUCUUUUUUUAUUUCAUCUGACAAUUAUGUAUGAAAUAGAAGAAAAGACAAAUACUAGAUCAGAGACUCAACAGAAAUGAUAUAUGUUAUCAUUUAGAUCUCUGUAUAUGUUGAUGGAUAGUAAGCUUUUUAAGGGGCUGGUACACAGUGGACAGUGCGUAAUCCUAAAAAUGCAACAUUUCAGAUUUUCAAAUGAGCUCUUUUUUUUAUGACAGUGGCGAACAGAAGGUCAUGUAAUUAUUUACCUACAGUGAGUUGGACGUCCAGUGCCACAUUUAUCACAGUUUCCCAGAGUGUCCUAAGCAUCCUCGUGCCCUUAGACCUUAAGCAGGAAAUAACAAGAUGCCCUUUGACGAAAAUCUUUGCCAACAUAAAAUACACUGAACAUAAAUUUAGUCAAUCCAAAACAACAAUCUGCAACGAGACAUUGAGGGAGAAAAAAAAAUGUUCAUGUCAUUUGUCCUUUGACAGUUUAAAUAACCUUGUCGAAGGUUAUGAGAGAUAUGUAUGGGCAGAAAUGUAAAAUGUAGAUGAAGGUGGUCGUUUCAGUUGUUCUCCAGUGUGGGAAAUGAUUCCUCUGUUUUACAGGAGCAUGGGGUAUUAGUAAAUCUUGUGAUCUUAGAUUGCAGAAUACAUGACAUGACUGUGACUGUGCCAGCAAAAUCCUGGCCUUAUCUUUCCCUUUCCAGCUGAACAAGCUAAAUAUUCAACAACAUUCAUGUCUAAUAAGGCACCGGGCACCAACCGUCCUCCUCACCCACCUGCACCCCUCCCUCCUCUUCUCCUUUGGUAUUUCAGUGCUCUUCAUUCAUGCUUCAGUGUCCUUUUGUCUUUUAAUGGUGUCUUAUGUGACUUUUCUCAUGUGAUCUAUAUGUUUGUGGUGAGUUUUUUGGACAGAUUAGAGAGGGGGAAUGUUAUCCACUGAGCGAAGUAGUGAGUGCCAUUUCAUGAUUGUACCUUGAGCACUGAAAACAGAAACUGUGGUAGAGGUUCAUAUCGUUUCCUAACAUUUCCUUCCAUACCUGGUUUAGCGUUUAAACUCGUUCCUGUACAGAGGUUAUCUACUUUGUGUCGUUAUUUGGUAGCUUCGUCAGGCAUUUCCCAUGUAGCAUCCCUCUGAGCGUGAGUGUGUGUGUCUGCGUGUUGUUAGGGGGCUACCUCAAUCUGCACUAGAAGAUGCCUCACUCGUGUUGUCCACCUUGACUUUGAGGUGCAGGGUAGCUGCUUAGUCACAUUGUACCUCCAUUGUACAGCAAAUGUACAGAAGAUGAAGGAGUGAUGUUAGACAGGAGGAUGCAACAGAAUUCAUGCAUGUAAAACAAACUAUACACUGUAUCUCAUCUUCAAAUAGGUUAAGAUUGUUAGGAUAUGUAUGUAUGUAUGUAAAUAUGACGGGAAAACCCCCCCUUUUUUCAGAAUUAUGUAACUUAAAAUGACAAUAUUCAGGUUGCUCUAUGGUAUGUAUCAAUAAAUGUUUUGCACCCUGGAAAUCAAAAAGAGAAAAACAAACACACACGCUGUCUCUGCACUCCCGGAUCCAGCUCUCCUGUUUGGGCUUUAUCGGACACUCCUUCAUCUGGACAGAGAGAGCCGAUGAAUGCAGCACUCUGUGUGCGGGCCCACACAGUCUGUCCACUGCUGAGUGUUAGUACAUGUAUGUGUGUGUGCGGUAGGUGUGGGUGGCCUGUCAAGGAAGCUUCGCCGGCCCUGGGACGUUUGGCCUCUGCCCCAUGUACAGGUCUGAACUAUGAGCACAAAGGUGAAUUUCGGGACAAGAGACACCGCUGACGUGCCCCUUUUCUGUGGUUGCGCCUGUACAUUCCUAUCUUCUGAAUGUGUAAACCUGUACACGUGGUGUGAAAAUUCCUCUAUUAAUGUGUAUCAAGAGAAUGGAACAAAGACAAAAAAUGUUACUUUUUAAAUUAUUAUCAUUAUUAUUAUUAUUAUUACUCUUAUUAUUGUCUAGCUUUGUAAAACUGCUGAUCCAUCUGGCAUACCUCAGCAGGCCUUUCCCCAUCUUUGAAAAAGGACAAACGAUUGAAGGGGAAAUGAGGUUUUGGAUAAACUAUUUUUAAUUGUGGUUGAAGCAAUAGACUUUUUGAACUUUGAAUUGUGCAUGGCUGUGUCUUGAGUGUAAAAAAAAACAAACAAAAUAUUGCAGUUUGGGAACUGGACUGAAAUAAAAAGAGGAAGAAAACCAGA